AUGGCUUUUUACAUGUUCAAAAUCAAACAUUUCCCAUUUCCAAAGCCCCUAAUCCUCUUUUAUCUCUUAAUCAUCACCGGCUUCUUCUCAGAACCAAGCCCAUUUACAAGUGCUUUAAACUUCCGCUUCCCCAAUUUCACUUCCGGUGACACCCGUAUAAAAUAUGAGAGAGCUUUCCCCAAAGAUCAAGUCAUCCAACUCACCGGCAACAAGGCCAUAACAAAUGUUGUAGGUCGAGCCACGUAUUCUAGUCCUAUGCACUUGUGGGACAAGGCAUCCAGAAAUCUCACAGAUUUCAGUACAAAUUUUACCUUUGUCAUCGAUUCUCAAGAGAAAAGUAAUUAUGGAGAUGGGCUUGCCUUCUUCCUAGCACCUAAUGGGUCAAUAAUUCCUCCUGAUGUCGAUGAAGGUGGCGCUAUGGUUCUCACUAACGAUCACGAGCCACUAAACUCGACGGACAAUCCUUUCGUCGCUGUGGAGUUUGACAUCUUUUCAAACAUUGACCCCGUUACAAAGCUAUGGGAUCCGCCUGGCGAACAUGUAGCCGCAACAGGAGGUUCUUCUGCAAUCUAUACAGUUCACACAUGGGAUUUUAGUUCAAGUUUGAAAGAUGUUGUAACCAACCAAAGGAAAAAGAACAACUUAGGAUUAGCCAUCGGGUUGGGUGUCGGUGGACCUUUUUUGGUUGGUGGGUUGGCUUUAAUUCUUUUGGGCUUGUGGAAGAAGAAGAAUAGGAGGCGCACAGAUGAGGAACUUGCCCUUGAUAGGUGCAUGGAUGAAGAAUUUCAAAAGGGAAUAGGACCAAAGAGGUUCUUAUUUAAUGAAUUGGCUCGUGCCACCAAUAAUUUCAAUGAUGAAGAGAAGCUAGGUCAAGGUGGAUUUGGUGGGGUUUAUAAAGGAUUUUUAAGGGACUCAAACACCUUUGUUGCUGUUAAGAGGGUGUCAAAAGGGUCAAAACAGGGAAUAAAGGAGUAUGCAUCAGAAGUAAAAAUUAUUAGUAGAUUAAGACAUAAGAAUUUGGUUCAGCUUAUUGGUUGGUGCCAUGAAAGAGGAGAACUCUUACUUGUUUAUGAGUUCAUGCCCAAUGGAAGCUUAGAUUCACAUCUUUUUAGAGAAGAAAACUUAUUGAUAUGGGCAAUGAGGUACAACAUUGCUCAAGGAUUGGCGUUGGCAUUGCUUUACUUGCAUGAAGAAUGGGAGCAAUGCGUGGUGCAUAGGGAUAUAAAAUCGAGUAACAUUAUGCUUGAUUCAAACUUUAAUACCAAACUUGGGGAUUUUGGACUAGCUAGGCUUGUGGACCACCUAAAAGGGUCACAAACCACUGUUUUGGCUGGCACCAUGGGCUACAUGGCUCCAGAAUGUGUUACAACCGGAAAGGCUAGCAAGGAGUCAGAUGUCUAUAGUUUCGGAAUUGUCGCUCUGGAGAUUGCUUGUGGAAGAAAACCAAUCAAGCUCAAUGCCCCUGAAAAUCAAGUAGUUAUGGUGGAGUGGGUUUGGGAGCUCUAUGGAAUAGGAAAGAUACUUGAAGCAGUAGACCCAAAGUUGGGUGGAGAUUUUGAUGAGCAGCAAAUGGAGCGAUUGAUGAUUGUUGGGCUUUGGUGCGCUCACCCUGAUCGCAAUCUUAGGCCUUCAAUAAGGCAAACAAUUCAUGUUCUCAAUUUUGAGGCUCCAUUGCCUGUUCUUCCGUCAAAUAUACCGGGGCCACCACAGUUUUCUGCUACAAUGAAUAGACAUGCAAUGUCACUUUCGAUGCCCCAUGUUGCUGCUCAUCAUGAAGGAGGACAUAAUCAAUAUACAAGCAAUAGUUACACCAAUUCCUCUGUAUCUACCUCAUCCUCUACGGCUUCUCCAUCCGCAUCGCUUUUGCAUACGAGUUAA